UUCACUCUCUCUUAGGCUAUGUGCACUGUGGACUUGUGUGUGCUGAGCUUAACAGGGUAGAGGGUGUGUGUACGCGUGUGAGGGAGCUAGUGGAAGUGCUUAGAGCUUCAGCAAGCUUAAGUUCACUUUUGUCUCAGUGUGCUUUCACACACUGAGGUGUUACUUUUUACACAGAUCAGGACCAAGAGGGAGAAAAGAAAAAGCAAGUGAAUCAAGUAGAUAAACAGCUUAGGAAAGACAACACACACACACACACACACACACACACACACACACACACACACCCCUACAGUCAAGUGUGUUGAGAACUGGCGCUGGUGGUCCAUUUUCCCUUGCCUGGGCUCUGGGCUGACCAAAUUCACCAAGAGGGAUGUAAUCGUUGUACGCUUUACACCCUGACUCUACACACAUCCAUACACCUGCUCCAUCCUCAGGUGCUGCUCUGAAGACCUGGACCUCUGUUAGUAGCUGUGUAUCUUUGGGUUCAUCAUGGACUACGUUUGGGGGAUGGCAGUGCUACUGUGUGGGCUCUGGACGCCGCAGAGAGGAGCCGAUGCUCAGCGUGCCAAAAGCAACGUGCCCCGACUCAAACUCUCCUACAAAGAAAUGUUGGAGUCGAACAACUUGUUUACUUUCAACGGACUGGCCAACAGCUCAGCCUACCACACAUUUUUACUGGAUGAAGAGAAGGGUCGGCUCUUUGUAGGAGCAAAGGACCAUCUCCUGUCAUUCAAUCUGAUAGACAUCAACAUGGACCAGCAAUUGAUAUCCUGGCCUCCAUCUUCGUCACAUCGGGAUGAGUGCAGGUGGGCUGGAAAAGAUGUCCAGAAAGAGUGCUCAAAUUUUAUAAAGGUGCUGCAGCCAUUUAAUCAGACUCACCUGUAUGCAUGUGGGACUGGAGCCUUCCACCCUGCCUGUGCUUAUGUGGAGGCGGGCAAACGGCCAGAGGACAACAUCUUCAGACUGGAGUCGUCACAGUUGGAGAACGGCCGAGGGAAAAGCCCCUAUGACCCCAAACUCAUGACUGCUUCACUACUUAUUGAUGGUGAGCUUUAUUCUGGGACAGCAGCCGACUUCAUGGGGCGAGACUUUGCUGUUUUCCGAACGUUAGGAAAGCAUCAUCCAAUCAGGACAGAGCAGCAUGAUUCCCGGUGGCUCAAUGAACCAAGGUUCGUAAGCGUCCACCUCAUUCCGGAGAGCGAUAACACUGAAGAUGACAAGAUUUACAUGUUCUUCAGAGAGAACGCCAUUGAUGGAGAGCAAACUGGCAAAGCCACACAUGCCAGAAUUGGACAGCUGUGUAAAAACGACUUUGGAGGUCACAGGAGUUUGGUGAAUAAGUGGACCACGUUCCUGAAAGCUCGGCUCAUCUGCUCAGUGCCAGGCCUUAACGGAAUUGACACACACUUUGAUGAGCUGCAGGACGUCUUUCUGAUGAGCUCAAAGGACUCCAAGAAUCCUAUCAUCUAUGCAGUGUUCACAACAUCCAGUAAUAUCUUUAAAGGCUCAGCAGUGUGUAUGUACAGCAUGGCUGAUGUAAGGAGGGUGUUUUUGGGUCCCUACGUUCACAGAGAUGGGCCCAACUACCAGUGGGUGCCCUUUCUAGGCAGAGUGCCCUAUCCACGCCCUGGCACGUGUCCGAGCAAAACCUUUGGAGGGUUUGAGUCCACAAAAGAUCUACCUGAUGAUGUUAUCACUUUUGCCCGAAGUCAUCCAGCCAUGUACAACCCAGUGCUACCCCUCAACAACCGCCCAAUCAUUAUUAAGACUGAUGUGGAUUACCAGUUCACACAGAUCGUUGUGGACCGAGUGGAGGCAGAAGACGGACAGUAUGACGUCAUGUUCAUUGGCACAGAUCUUGGCACAGUUCUUAAGGUGGUCUCGAUUCCCAGAGGGACUUGGCAUGACCUUGAGGAAGUUUUAUUGGAAGAGAUGACUGUUUUUAGGGAACCCACAGCUAUAACUGCUAUGGAGCUUUCCACCAAACAGCAACAGCUCUAUCUAGGCUCGAAUAUCGGCAUUUCCCAGAUGCCAUUGCACCGCUGUGACGUUUACGGCAAGGCCUGUGCUGAAUGCUGUCUAGCACGAGACCCCUACUGUGCCUGGGAUGGCUCGCAGUGUUCCCGAUACUUCCCCACCGCUAAGAGGAGGACUCGGCGCCAGGACAUCAGGAACGGAGACCCUCUCACUCAGUGCUCGGACCUGCAGCACAACGACGAGGAGAAUGGUGAGAGCACCCUGCUGGAUAAGACGGUCUAUGGGGUGGAGAACAGCAGCUCCUUCCUGGAGUGCAGCCCUAAGUCUCAGCGUGCUCUCAUCUACUGGCAGUUCCAGAAACAUGGCGAGGACCGCAAACAAGAAAUAAAGUCAGACGAGCGAGUGAUGGGAACUGAACAGGGUCUACUAAUCCGAAGCCUGCUUCCGAAGGACUCAGGUGUGUAUUACUGCCACGCAGUGGAACAUGGUUUCAUCCAGACACUCCUGCGGCUGACACUCCACGUCAUACCUUCUGAUCACCUGGACGAUCUCCUACAACGGCCACCCUCAGACACCAGCCACUCCUCACAUGCCAAACUGUGGUACCAGGACUUCCUGUCUCUGAUCGACCCGCCCGGCCCUAACAGUGUGGACCAGCUGUGUGAGCAAGUGUGGAAGAAAGAGCGGAAGCAGCGGAGGCAAAAAGCCCAUCACCUACAUGCUAGCCAAUCACAUGCUGCCCAGCUUCUUCACACCAGCCAGUCCAACUCCAGCAAGUGGAAGCUCAUGCAGGAGAGCAAGAAAGGGCGCAAUCGUAGGACCCACGAGACACCGCGGGCACCUCGCAGUGUGUGACCCCAUGCCCACGUAACUGCAAACACAUGCAAAGAGAAAUGACUCUGACCAUUCUACUGACUGUGACUCUGAGAGGCACACACAGGAAAUGUGAAUACAAUAGUCCACCUCUCCUGCAGAGAGAGUGUAUGUUGGAGGCAAAACACACUCUAACUCAGAACAGUUAAUUCAGAC